ACCAUGACAUGUUUUAGACGAAACAAAGAAACACUUCAUAAUAUUAUAUCAAAAGAAAUUAGAACAACUUUCGUAUUUCCUUUUAAAUACUGAGGUUUCGCAUGUCUAUAAUAAACCAUCGCUCUGCUCAACCGUGAAUGGAGAAACUGGCAAAAGGAGGAGGGGUUUAGGAUUUGGAGGGCCAAGCAGUGAUUGGUUUUCAAUUGUCAUCGACUCUAACCAAUAGAAGAGGAGCACGCUCUCUUAAAAGCUGACUGUCGGGUUUCAGCACUAUUAUUUCUGUAUCAGUUUGUACAACCGGUUAGUUUACAAAUAUUAACAUGAGUGGACGAGGUAAAACCGGUGGUAAGGCCAGAGCAAAGGCUAAGACUCGCUCCUCUAGAGCAGGACUUCAGUUCCCGGUCGGUCGUGUUCACAGACUUCUCCGCAAAGGAAACUACGCCGAGCGCGUCGGUGCCGGUGCUCCGGUUUAUCUGGCCGCUGUGCUCGAGUACCUGACCGCUGAGAUCCUGGAGUUGGCCGGAAACGCCGCUCGGGACAACAAGAAGACCCGUAUCAUCCCCCGUCACCUGCAGCUGGCGGUGCGUAACGACGAGGAGCUGAACAAACUCCUGGGCGGAGUGACCAUCGCUCAGGGCGGCGUGCUGCCCAACAUCCAGGCCGUGCUGCUGCCCAAGAAGACCGAGAAACCCGCCAAGACCAAAUAAGCGGAGUCACGACUCUUUUGUAAUCCAAAGGCUCUUUUAAGAGCCACCCACUUUGUCUUUAAAAGGCAGGUUUUACACGGUGAAAUAAUUUUGUAAUAUGUAAUGCUUAUUGUGUUGUGUAUU